AUGAACGCAACACGUAAGGCAGGCAAUUUGUACACCCGGGCUCCAUCAACGCCAAAACCUUUCGGUAUAACGGAUCUCCCGAUCCCAGAGGCUUUCGAUUCGGCAAUGCCGCAGCUUCUUGCUUUGGGUAUUAACAGUUACGGCCCGCUCAUGCUCGUCUUUGGAUUUAUUGCGAUUUUGAAGUCGUACGCUUAUCAGGCUCAGGCAUGCACGGAUGAGAUGUACGAUAUGCUGAUGGCAUGGGUUUCCUCUCAUGGACUCAACGAGGCUGCAAGAUCGAGAAUUGCCCGCGUGAGUGUUGCAUGGGCCAACCAAAAGAGCGAUUCUGGCCUUGUCAAAAAGCCCAUCUCCCUUUCUCCAGGGAAGGGUAGCUUCCCGUUCAGAUUCGAAAAUCACAUCCUCUACUAUCAAGCCGAAACAGUUGUCACUGGGUUCUUCAGCAAAGAAAUAGUCUCCAUCACCUGCAUUGGAAGAAUAAUGAAGGCCAAAAUCACUAUUUUUGAAAAUCGUGGUGAUUUUUGGAAGAAAAGGGUAACAAAAGAAAUUCGGCCACUCUCUACUGUCAUGCUCCCGGAACAGCAGAAGGAAGUAUUGCUUAACGAUGUGCGAGAAUUUGUCGACCCGACAACCCGAGAAUGGUACCGUCAGAAAGGACUCCCAUAUCGGCGCGGCUAUCUUUUCUACGGACCACCCGGCACCGGCAAAUCAAGCCUUAGCUCUACGAUCGCGGGCGAAUUUGGGAUGGAUAUAUACAUUGUCAACAUUCCAGGAGUCGACGAUCAAACUCUUGCGCAAUUGUUCAAUGAGCUUCCAGACAGAUGCGUUGUCUUGCUAGAGGACAUAGAUCCUGUAGCAAUAGAUCGGUCGCGGAGUGGGGAGGAACAGAAACAGCGCAAACAUCCGGUGUCAUUAUCAGGACUUUUGAACACGCUUGAUGGCGUCGCUUCUCGGGAAGGCCGGAUUCUGAUCAUGACAACUAAUUAUAUUAAGCAUUUGGACGAGGCUCUCACCAGACCGGGUCGCAUUGACUUGAAAGUCGAUUUCAACUUGGCGGACGCCAUUAUGGCGGCAAAGUUGUUCAAAUUUAUGUACAAACCUGUUGCCGGGGCCAAACCUUUCCAAGCUAAUGUGUUAGCACGAUGCGCCACAGAGUUUGCUGCUCUUGUUCCAGAAUUCGCGUUCAGCUGUGCGCAGAUCACGUCGUACCUCGCACAGUACCGUAACUCCCCAGCUGCUGCAUUGGAAAACGCCAGGGAGUGGGUUACACGAAUCCUGCGUGAACGAGAAGACAAAUACAGCAAAGUACCUUCUGGCGCGGUGGCGAGGUCUGAGCCAGUUCCUUUUCCGGUAGUUCCAGCAGAAAAUGCUGAGGAAGGACUUAGGGGAAGAAGUGAGAGGAAGUCAGAACCUGGUCACCGAAGAACCAAAAAUAUCUCUCCACUUCCGUUACUCCGUGCUCAGCCUCUGGAAGCCCGGUUGUUUCCAGCAACUGGCACGAUGAAGAAGUCGAUCGAAAGGUGCAAAAGUGGGCACUACUGGUCCGAUAGCAUUAUUCCCAGUGGCGGAGAUCUUUUGCACACUGCCCCUUCGACCGGCAUGACACGCCCAACAGGCCUCGGUCAGAGGCAUGGGAAAUCGCAAAUGAAGCUUUUGCUUUAUUUGGCUGCAAUAACGCGCCUCAUCACAGCUUUUUACCUACGAGGCGCAGCGCCACGUAGCGCAGGCGGCCUGCUGUUCCGCAACACAACAGGUGGCAACCCUAUAACCCCAUUGACAACGUCCAGUGACCAAAAUCCAUCGCUUGUAAAUCUGGACUCGAGCAGCACCCCGGUGACGGUACACACAAACCCCAGCGAUUUAAGCAUAGUGCAGGGCAGUCUAAGCUCGAGCAGCAUUCGUGCAGUAGAAUCGACACAUUCUGAUCCUUUGACUAUUGUCGGGGGUAGUCUAGGUUUGACCAGCAACCCGGCAGUAGAGCCAACAAAUUCCGGGCAUGUGACUACCUCACAGGGUAGGUCAAGCUUAGGCAGCUCUAUAACAGAGUCCGCAGCUCCCACAGAGGUGACCACAGCACUGCAUCGUCCAAGCUCAACUCAAUCCGAAAGCGAGGACAGUGCAGGCCCGGCAAGCACAAUCACGCACAAACCUGAGCCAAGUCGGCCCCCGACGAGCACCAGUGUCCCGAACACACCGUCCACAAACUUUCUCGCAGACUUUUUAAAGCCAUCCUCUCUCUAUUCUGCCAACCCUACCACAGUCAGCCAAUCUAUCACCGAGACUCCAGGCAGCACUGGGACGCCGACGCUCGACAGCACGCUGUCCCGCACCGCACAUAAUACAGCUACUCAGAACGUCAUGUCCCCAUCGCAUCGUGCCUCGGAGAUUGUUGACACUUCUCUCCCGCCUUUGACAGCGACGACGGCAUCUAUUCCUGCCCUCACAUCCAAGCCACAGACGGCUAUACAUAUCGUGGCGAUUGAUGCGAACACAACCGUACAGAGUAGUCUGCUGACCGUCCCCGCACCUGCACCUGCGCCCUCCGGAGACCGAGUUCAUGAGAAUGCAGCUGAGAACACGACCGCCGGCGGCGGCACCAGCCAGACCAUACCAGGUAGUUUCACUAGCCGCAUAACGGCAAGCGCAAUCACGCUCUCCCGGGGUGGGGCAACCCCUUCCACAAUCCUCACCGAGGUACCUACCCAAGCGUCUCCGUCUGGCCAAAUCCAGGCAUCUGUGACGGGGUUGCCACGCGUCAUUUUGCCUGGUAGGAUAUUCCAAAUGCUACCGGCCGCUUUGGCACAAGGGACCGUCCAGCGCAGCGCGAUAGAGGUCACCAAGCUGGUUCCCUACGACAGGCUAGCCACCACGGGAUACAUCACUACCAUUGCAAAGCUGUACUAUCCAAAAGCACUUGUGGACCAAUUACAGAGAGAUAUUCUCAACCCCAACUCUGACAUCUACACCAAGGGAGGAGACCGCAGUCACAACGCGACAAUAUGUUCCUCUCCACCAUCACCACCUACCAUGGAGACUCAUGCUAUGCCCACGUCUAUCUACUGCGGAAGACAGUUUUGCUCCUUUGUGGUCGCAGCCGGCUCCGCCCAUGCAUCCACUGUGCAGCACAGCGGCCAGGGGCUGUUGCUGAGCGCCAAAAUAGGACCAGUGGAGAGUACUCGACUUAGCCGGAAGCUGCCUCCCUCGAGCCUAGUCGAAAGCUGCCACCCCCCAGAGAGUGAGAAGCGGCGCAUGUACACGCAAGCGAAAAGUAUCCGAAAGCUGGGAGGGGUGGUUCUUGGCGCUCGGCUGAUGUGGACGCUAUAUUUGGGCCUGGAGGAGAGCGAGAUCUGGCGCGUGACUGAUCAACGAGCCACGCCGGCCGUGCAUGGUUUACUGGCCAAGCAAGAUGUCUUUCGUUACAGGAGAGGGCAAACGAGUGUCACCUUUGGUUCAGCAAGAACAAAAGUGGCCACUGUUAAACCUGUGGGGUAG